AUGCUAUUUUACUCAUUUUUCAAAUCGCUAGUGGGUAAGGAUGUGGUCGUUGAACUCAAGAACGAUCUAAGCAUAUGUGGCACACUGCAUUCCGUGGACCAAUACUUGAAUAUAAAGUUAUCUGACAUUAGCGUCAUAGAUCCCGAAAAAUAUCCACACAUGUUGUCAGUUAAAAAUUGUUUUAUUCGCGGAUCUGUCGUUAGAUAUGUGCAGCUGCCGGCAGACGAAGUGGAUACCCAGCUGUUGCAGGAUGCAGCAAGGAAGGAGGCAACAGUUUCUACAAGAUAA